AUGUCAGGUAUCGAGAUCCUGGGCAUAGCCGCCGCGGUUCUCCAAAUCGCAGAUCUCGGCGGCAAACUGUCUGUCAAACUGUUUACUUUCUCCAGAAAGAUCAAAAGUGCAGAUAAAAGCAUCAAAAGCGUUUCACAGGACAUUGCAGCAACUGGUGCCGUGCUCCAGCAGCUGGCCAGCGUGCUCAAGAAAGACGAGAAGUUGCGGCUUUGCUCUGAUCAAGCGAUAGAAACAGCCAAAGGGUUAGUAGCUGAUUGCAAAGCUAUUUUCUCGGAAUUGGACGAAGCGCUCGACAAUCCUGGAACAUCAGGCAACAAGUAUAUCUCGGCAUGGAAAGAACGGCUAAAGUUUCCGUUCAUCGAGCCCCAGAUCGAACUUCUCCAGUCGAAUCUCGAGCGACUCAAGGGCUCCCUUGUCCUCAUGUUGAAUGUACUGAUCUAUGCUGAACAACUCCGAAAGUGA